AUGUCUACCCUUAAUGUCGACAAUUCGAUGCAAAUCUCAAAAGACAUCCAAAACAUAAACCCUUUGUCUUCGGCCGGCCAGUUGCAAUAUGCCCAGAAAGAUUCCAGCUCCGAACCAACGAGCCCUGUGUAUGAGGGCUUCAUCGGCUUCAGCUUUUCCAAGGCUAUGCCCAAAGAAAGUGCAACCUGGAGAUGCGUGAAACGGGUAGUCAUGCACCUGAAUCAAGAAGAGUACUUCAAAAUGGUUCGGAAGAGGGCAAAUAAAAAGUCCGUGGCGCUGCAAUAUCAAAGCCUCUCCUCCGAUACUAGGCGCGCUCAUAUAAAUCAAUUGAUUGACGAACAAAGACACAAGAAUCCACUUGUUGAGUGGAGCUGCGUCUAUAUCAAAGAACACAAAAAGUUGUUCAAGGGCCAAUAUGCUCGUCGUGGCGACUAUGAAAUAGUCUCCAUGGAUGUCAUCAUCAUGCAAACACCCAUGAAGCCCCAAGCAUAUUCCCGGACCGCCAUGGGUGGUUCGGUGGCCAUUGGAAAACAACUCCAGCCGGAUUCACCCAUGUGGUCUCAUCACAGAGACCAUCCUCUGGCGUCGGAUCAAAAUGGGAAUAUUUUGCCGCCUAAACUUCGACUGCUGCCUUCCCAACUGGCUCCAGUGAUGAGCCCUCUUGCACGAUUGAAUUCAACCCAGCGUUCUGCAUACCCGGAUGGCCAUUUUGAAGCCACGCGCCCAAAUGUUGAGACAAGCCACCCAGCAGCAUCGGCAAAACAUAUGGGUGAAUCUGCCAGGUCAACUUCAACCAUCAACAAUGGACUAGGAAGUCUAGCUUUCGGUGCCACAAACAGCAGCAGUAUCAGCCUGGGGCAUACUUCAAAUCAUUCAUCGGAGAACAGCGACUCAGAUGAUGCAUCUAUGCUUUCUGAUCAAUCCGACGAAAGCUCAGCAACAGAUGACCCAGAAAGCAUGGAGACCGAGACCGAGACCGAGUGUCAAGAGCCACAACCAAUCCCGGCCUCUCUCCGACAACAGCCUGGCGGUUCUUAUCGCCGCGAGUUGAUUUAUGGGCCUCAUCCUUUCCGAAAGUCCCAAAGCCGUAGCCUUGACAGAAGACACGACAGGAAUUAUCUUCCCCGUGACCAUGAGGUGUCUCCAGCCAACAAUUUUGGUCUAAGACGGGCUGAGACCGCUCGAUCAGGCUCAGUGCCUGGUAAAAGGUAUCGAAUGCAGCUAAUCAACGAUAAUGAGAUUCGAAGCCGAAUGCUUGAUCACCGUGAAGCAAGCCUUGGACAUCGGGAGAAAUGGCUGAAGAGAACGCUUUCUGAGGCGCGCCGUCAGCCAGUGAAGAAUGUGUCAGCAACAUGUCGCUGUACCUGUCGUUGUGCGAUCAAGGAGAAGAGAGAAGCUGAGUGA